UGUGCACACUUGGUUCCUCAUCGCAGUGAACGCCAAUGACGAGAAGACGACGAAGAAAUGCUCCACACAGUUCCCCAAAGCAAGAUGGCGGUGCAGGAGACAGCAGCUCAACUCUCUAUGGCCCUAAAGGUGCAAGAAUAUCCAACUUUAAAGGUUCCUUAUGAAACCUUAAACAAGCGCUUCCGAGCUGCCCAAAAGAACAUUGACCGGGAGACCAGUCAUGUGACAAUGGUGGUGGCAGAGCUGGAAAAAACCCUCAGUAGCUUUCCAGUGGUGGAUACUGUAGUUUCCCUCUUGGAUGGAGUGGUUGAGAAGCUCAGCGCCCUCAAGAGAAAGGCAGCAGAGUCUAUCCAAGCAGAGGAUGAGAGCGCUAAGCUUUGUAAGCGACGCAUAGAGCAUCUGAAGGAACAUAGCAGCGACCAGCCAGCCAGUGUCAAUGUUUGGAAGAAGAAACGCAUGGACCGCAUGAUGGUGGAACAUCUGCUACGCUGUGGCUAUUACAACACUGCAGUCAAGUUAGCUAAACAAAGUGGUAUUGAGGAUUUGGUCAACAUAGAAAUGUUUCUUACUGCCAAAGAAGUUGAAGAAUCACUCGAACGACAGGAAACGGCAACCUGUCUGGCUUGGUGCCAUGAUAACAAGUCUCGUCUGCGGAAAAUGAAGAGCUGUUUGGAGUUCAGUUUAAGGAUCCAGGAAUUUAUUGAACUCAUUCGACAGAACAAACGCAUGGAUGCAGUAAGACAUGCACGCAAACACUUCAGUCAAGCAGAAGGAGGGCAGUUGGAUGAGGUACGGCAGGUGAUGGGCAUGCUGGCUUUUCCUUCUGAUACACACAUCUCCCCGUAUAAGGAUCUUUUGGAUCCAGCUCGCUGGAAAAUGCUGAUCCAGCAGUUCAGAUAUGACAACUACAGAUUGCACCAGCUGGGAAACAACUCUGUGUUUACCAUUACCUUGCAGGCAGGGCUGUCUGCCAUCAAAACCCCGCAGUGUUAUAAAGAAGAUGGUACUUCCAAAAACCCAGACUGCCCUGUCUGCAGCAAAUCGCUGAAUAAAUUGGCUCAACCUCUUCCCAUGGCCCACUGUGCAAACUCACGGCUGGUAUGCAAAAUCUCCGGCGAAGUCAUGAACGAGAACAACCCACCUAUGAUGUUGCCUAAUGGCUACGUGUAUGGAUACAAUUCUCUCUUGUCCAUUCGUCAAGAUGACAAGGUGAUAUGCCCCAGGACCAAAGAGGUUUUCAACUUCUCCCAGGCUGAGAAGGUUUAUAUUAUGUGAUGGGAGCGCCACGUACGUUCUGGAACGUUAAGCUGCGUCGCCAAUGCAGGCUGGGUGAAUCUCGAGUUGACAUGAUUUGUCCAAGGGCUUCAAUCCUUUAACCCUUGUUCCAUUCGAACAAAUUUAAUUGACUGUACGCCCCCACCCGAUACCGGCCUGAGAGAUCAUCAUUAAACAGAUGGUGCAGAAUCACAAUGGAGUUGUCCUGGGCUUAAUGGACUGUUGUGGAAAGGGAUAUUAUUUUGUUGUCGUUUUUAAAAGCAUUGAUAUUUUGACAUUUAUUUAAGUGGAUUCUUUACACUAGCGUGAAACGAACCUGUUUCCAAUAUCACUUUAUUUCAAAGCUUUUGCCUUGUAGUGUGUUAUAGAAAAUAAUGAAUCAUUGUUGGUUUUUCUAAACAAGGGCACCCAUUUAGGUCAUUAUUAUUAGAUUGUGAUUGGGUAGCUGUAGAAAAAAAUGCGCUCUUCAGAUGCCUUGCUUUUGCACCUGUGAAAUCUGUGACUACAUGCAUUUAUGUACUUUUAAUUUGUAUUUCAUAGACAUCCUUACAGUAUGUGAGGUAACAUGUUAGUAGCAUUUAUAGCAAUACUCUUUCACAACUGUGUAGAUGUUCAGACUAGAAAGACAUGACAGUGUUUUAGUGUCUUACUGUUGGUAAAGAUUUACUUCGGCUUACACUUUCUAGUACCAUACCAUGUGGCCAUAUAAUGGGCAUCAGCAUCCAUUCAUUAAAUAAUUACAAGAUAAGUAUGCAAGAUUGAAUUUUGACAAAUAUCAUCUGAAUUUGGAGGGGUUUUUAAAUGCCAUGUUGUUAGGGAUUUGACACAUUUAGUGCUGUUUUGUGACUGACGGUUGAAGAGAAAAUUGAAAUAAAGUUUUUGGAUUUCAAUUUAAGUCAUUUUCUUUACAGUUCUUUUGUGUGAAAUUCUCAAAGCGGGAACAUUUUAGUGUUCCAAUAAAAAAAUCUUAAUUUUCCUGAACUCCAAAAAGUCUCAGGUUUCACAGGAUCAACUGCAGGUAACCAAUAAAUAAGUGGGGACUAUGAAUGCCCUCCAAUGUUUUUGUUUUAUCAUACAAACUAACACAACCUUCCUGUUGAAUAUCACACCCCAAAUAUGUGUUUAACUGUAACUGUGGAAAGACUUGUUUAGAAACUGCUCAUGCAUGUGUAUUUUGGUAGGAUAGAUGGGUUGUUCGUGUCCAAUUUCCAAUAAACAUUGAUUUGUUUUGUUGUUA